GGGAAAUAGGAAGUCAACAUGUCGACUCUGUACAAGAACAGAAUUGCUGAGUUCAAAGAUGCUCUGAAUGAACCAAAGAUCAGCCUCACCAAACUACAGGAACUUUGCUUCAGUGGUAAGGAGAGUGGUCUCUCGUUUCAGUAUCAGAUUCUGCAGAGCUGGUGGCAAGGUGCCUGUACAAAUUUGUAGCCUAUUUCUGCUGAAGGGAUUCCAUUUGAAGGGGGGCUGCGCUCGCUUUGUUGGAAGAUCCUCCUCAAUUACCUUCCCACUGAGCAGACCCAGUGGAGUUCCUUCCUGAAGAAACAGAGGGAGAUUUAUGCACAGUUCUUGAAGGAGAUGAUUAUUCAGCCUGGAAUCGCCAAGGCAAAUCUGGGCUUCAUCCGAGAGGAUGUCACUCUAGAAGAUCACCCCUUGAAUCCAAACCCUGACAGUCGAUGGAACACAUACUUUAAGGACAACGAGGUUCUCCUGCAAGUGGACAAAGAUGUUCGACGGCUAUACCCAGACAUGGCGUUUUUCCAACGUCCCACUGACUACCCGUGCCUUCUGAUCAUGGACCCCCAGAAUGAAUUUGAAACACUUCGCAGGCGGGUAGAGCAGACUACCUUGAAGUCUCAGACUGUCGCGCACAAUCGGAGCGGCGUUACGAACGUUUCUUCCCCUCGCAAAACAACCUCAGCCAAUGAAUAUGAAGUCCUUCCUAAUGGCUGCGAGGCUCACUGGGAGGUGGUCGAGCGAAUCCUAUUCAUCUACGCCAAGUUGAACCCAGGAAUUGCUUAUGUUCAGGGCAUGAAUGAAAUUGUGGGGCCGGUUUACUAUACCUUCGCGACAGACCCGAACACUGAGUGGAAAGAACAUGCAGAGGCUGACACAUUUUUCUGCUUCACAAACCUGAUGUCAGAAAUCAGGGACAAUUUCAUAAAGAGCCUGGAUGAUUCUCAGUGCGGGAUCAGUUAUAAAAUGGAGAAGGUUUACUCAACACUGAAAGAGAAAGACAUGGACCUUUAUCUUAAACUGCAAGAGCAGAACAUCAAGCCACAGUUUUUCGCCUUCCGCUGGCUCACGUUAUUAUUGUCACAGGAGUUCCUCCUUCCCGAAGUCAUCCGAAUAUGGGACUCCCUCUUUUCAGACAUCGGCAGGUUCGAUUUCCUCAUCCUGGUCUGCUGUGCCAUGCUGAUUUUGAUUCGGGAUCAGCUGCUUGCUGGAGACUUCACUAUAAACAUGAGGUUACUACAGGACUAUCCAAUUUCUGAUGUUGACCUGAUCCUAAAGAAAGCAAAAGAACUCCAGGAUUCUGCAUAACAACAGUUCAAAUGUACUCUGUUCCAGGAAACGCCACACAGACACACACAUGUUCUCUGACACACACGCAUGCAUUCACACACACACAACAUACGGUGGGAAAGUGACCAAACCUGCCUCUGCAGUGCCUUCUGGGAAAACUUCUCCACACCCACAGGGAAGUGUGGCUAAAGGUGAUCUUUAACUCUGUGUACUGUGCAAUCCUGUGACUCCCCACCUCCUCCCCCAAUCUCUCCCUCUCUUUCCCCACCCUCCAAUAUUAAUGGAUAUGCAUUAUUGGUGCUGAACAAGGUAGUAAUAAUUGCACUCCAAAUUAAGACAAUGACCUUUCCUCCAAUGAAAGAAUAUGGUAACAAGAUAAAUUAAUAAAUAAAACCUUAUCACAGCUAAAGGAAGGACAACUUUUGUGCAGAUCAGUUACUGCUGAAGGUUUACCUACUGUAGUGCUGUGAUGGAGAUGUCUAGAGUUGGCCUAGUACAACUUAACCUUGAAAAUCAGUGGGUCAGAGCUCAGUUGCUUCAACCUGAACUGUCCAGUCCAAACAAAAAACAUUCAACCUUGUGUUACUUUGAAAUGCAAUCUGUGAACUCCUCACUGACUAGUGUUGCACGAUGCAGUGAAAUUUCCUGAAUCUUCAGUAUCACAGCAAUAUGGCCACAAGGGUUGAAAGUUAUGGUGUGUUUUUAGAGACCAGGAUGUGACUGACCAAAAUAAUCUCAGGAUUUGAGGGAAUAUUUUUACAGGUGUGCCCUGCUUCCUUCAGUACUUAAAUCUGCCACUGUGUGCCAGUAGGGAGCAGUGCAGAAGCUUCUUGCAGGCUCAGAGUAAAUUUAAAUAACGACUGUAUCUGGGUUUUCACAUUGACUGGGCUUUGAGUAUUUGCUAUUGAUUUGGGACAAAGUGCAGAGCACCUCGGCUCUGAUGCAGCACCUGAAAUUUCAAGAAUCAAUGACUGAUACUCAGCAAAGAUAUUGAUACUCGCUAAACCUCAUUGAACAAGAACUCAUAUCACUACAGUUAAACUUAUAUUUAAGCUUUCUACUGCACUCCAGUCUCCCAUGAGAAGUCCUUUAUAAUUUUUUUAAUGAAUCUGCAGAAGAGGUGUUAAACCCAAGGCGCUUUAGGGUGCACAUUGUCCAAAUUGGUCAUGUAAAAUUAGUCAUAACAAUCCCAAAUCUCCCACUCAACCACCAACACCACCCCACCUCCCUCCCUCCAAUCCAUGACUCCUUAUUCUGUUGGUUUAAACCAAGGCUGUCUGAAAAAUAUCCCAAUUUUGCUUAGGUACCUGUGGAUUUACAAAUCAUAAAUAACUCCCACCAGGGUCUGAUGCAAAAAAUAAAAGCUGUACCGGAGCAGCUUGUAUACGUGGGGAAAUAUCUGAAAUUAUCAUAUUCGAUCUUUAAGCAACAGCUUCCUAACUGCUAGUGGAAGGUUCGCUAGUUAGUAUUGACAUGGCUAGUCAGUCAUCUUGGCCAAGUGUAACUCCAGCUGUCUUAAACCACCUGGACACCUGGGUUUUUAGUGCUGUCCUUUAAUCUACCACCCCCCACCCUCCCUUACUUAAUACUAAACCAUCCUGACUUUUGUAUUAUAAGGUAACUUGCCUUUCUAACAGAAAGUAAUUGGACUGAUGUGAUGGCGAUACCCAAUACAUCUGGGGAAGGAAGGCUCCUCUUGCGCCUAUUUCCAUCCCUGUUAUUAACUCUGUUGUUUUAGAUGGGUCGCCAACUGUGUGUGUCCUGCACUCACCUAUCACCAUCACCAGUCAGGAUUUCUAGGCUGUGUGAUCUCCUACCAGCAUCACUCCUGAUUUUGGGAUUUGAGUUGUUCCGACACUGAUCGUUGCGUUUUAAAAAAAAAACUUUACUUAAAAAUGAAGAUUAUAAUUGGGCAGGACCAAACCGUCAACACUUGGAUUCCCAUUCUUGAUAUUCCUGCUAAUUGAAGCUACAACCCCAGUAAUCACAUUCCUUAAUCAAGUGUGAGUUUAUUGUACAAUCUGAUGCAAUAGGCAGUCAAUAAUUAGCUGUUUGUGAUACAUGUACAAGUCCAGGAAUUGUCGUUGUUUCUAUUUUUAAUGUUUGCAUGAAAUUAGAAUCAUCAAAGGAUUAAAUCAGUAUCUGGUGUAUGUAAUUUGGAGGUUUAUCUUUUGAUAAUUAGGGCAAGUGAUUUGUAAUGGGGCAAAAGUUCUGACAGCACAACUUUCCUAGUUACAUGCUCCCCUUCCCCACAUUGGCAUUGCCAACCAUGUGUUUUAAGGCGCAAAUGUUUUUGCCCCUCUCCACCCACCUAACGUUGAAGGGUCUUUCCAGCCGAUUAACUGAAUCAGUUCAUCUGUUUGCAAUCGGCCAGUGCUCUGCUACCCCGUCCUGGCACUGUUAAUGAGAUUCUGAAUGAAGAGCCAGUGAGCAAGGAGCUGCAAGGUCAGUCAGAAACUUUCUUCAGUGUUAGGUGGGCAAGGGGGUGGAGCAUGGAAACUUUAAUUCUGAUCAGUGCUGUGCCUUUAAAAUGCUGCUGAUGAGGGAGAACAUCCAGCAGUGUAUCCCAUUGUAUUUUCGAUCAUAACUGCCUAGUGAUGUUUUGUUUUGGUGGAUCGCAUACCUUGAUGGUUACGUCUUCAGGACUUGUCUUUGUAUUAUGAUGUUCAAUGUUUGGAGCAUUCUGUAUCUUGAUGCUCCCCCUUUUUCUGCUUCUGGCCCCCGUUGGACCUUUUUCCUGCCUGCCCAACCUCUCUUCCAAGCAAAGAAAGGUCCCGCUUGUCUUUUUGUGGGAAAAUGGGAGCUCUUUCUGGUUUAAGCAUGCCAAAAAAUAAAGUUUAAAAACCUUAUUUAGUGCUAGCACUUGAUGCCAGCUCAUAAAACACACAGCAAUUUCGCCAGAGAGGGUUCAAACGUUUGCCUCCAAGGCUUGUACAGAAGUCUCAGGGAUGGGCCAGAGCUAGAGUUAAAAUCUCCGUUGCAAUUAAUCCCCCAUAUAUCUGGAGUUUCGGUUACUAACAGAUCCUGGAUUCAGUUUCAGGAUUUAUCCACAAAUAAGGCACCAGCGCUUAAAGACAAAACUGCCCUUUCCAAUCUUCUAGUUCCAUAAGUCAAAGGAACAGGAGGUGACCAUUCAGCCCCUCGAGCCUGUUUUGCCAUUCUAUUAGAACAAUGCUGACCUGUAUUUUAAGUCCAUUUUGGUUCUGUCAUCCUUAAUACCUCACUUAAGAAAAAUCUAUCACACUCUGUUUUGAGAGCUCCUGUUGACCUCCGGAUUCAACAGCUUUUUGGGGAAAUUUCCACAACCUUUGUGUAAAGAAAUUUUUCCUGACAUUGCCCCUGAAUUCCUAGCUCUAAUUUUAAAAUUGAUGCCCCUCGUUUGGGCUCUGGGAGUUGGAUUGCUUGCGUCUCGGGCUGCCCGUAGGGGUGGCAUUUGGACACCUCUGCUUUGUGGGUCCUCUCCCAGUAGCAAAAUGGUAAACCCCAGGACUAAGCCAUCAUAAUCUCUCUCCCCACCCCCCACAUCAAGGGAACAUUCCAAUUUAUUCUUGCUUAUUUGUAAAUCUCAUUUCAAGUUGCAAGAGUUCUUGAACCUGGGAAGCCCAUUUUCUAUCUCUGGCUGCACAAUAACCCAGCUUUUGCCUACCCCAGCCUUAAUCCCAUUUCCCCUCUCUCUCCCCUGCCCCUGCA